AUGGUCAUCGGGCUGCUCACCAUCACGUCCAUCCCGACGAUUACGGGGGUCGCCGAGGCAAUCAGCGCGCAGAAGAAGCAGAAUGCCUCGUCCAAGGAGCAGGAAAAGUUCAACCUGACGGCCAUGCUGGCGCGGGACGAAGACGACGACAGCACACAGGGCAAAUGGAAGGAAACGGGAUUCUGCGUCCUCAAAGACGGAAAGGCCUGGCUGGACCUCCCGGGAGCGCCAGCCAAGGGCCACCGCUUCUGCGGCUUCUACUUCAAGUACCCCGGCGACGAAGGCCACCUGGGCCUCGUCAGCACAGCGUCGGACGACACGCCCAUGCUCAACUGGAUCUAUGUCAACGCGGAGACGGGCAGGCUCGAGCACGGAUCCCGCAAGGACACGCUGGGUCACGUCAUCGGCCCGUGGGGAUGGAGCGAGGACGAGGCGUUCCUGACGCUGCGCGGGCGGCGGGGCGGGUUCGUGGCCCGGAGAGAGGAGAGCAUCGACGACGAUGGAGGAGCGGAAGGGCGGGGGGAAGAGGAGAGGUGGGGGGUGUACUGGGACCCAGAGCAGAAGCUGCUCGCGGCAGAGGAAGACGACGAGGACGAGGACGGGGUGGAGACGUGCCAGCCCAUGCUCCUCCGCCGGCGCCCGCUGCUGGGCAUGGAGAGCAAAUACGUCAGAGACGAGGAUUCAUGA